UGUUGUUUCAAUGCUAUAGAAUCAAUCACGUGCUUUGUUUAAGAUCUAAAUCGUAUCAAAUUGCACAAGAUUUGAAUGAAUCCAAUGCAUUGCAUCGUGAAUAGGAACAGAAAAAAGUAUGUUCCAUAUUUUUUCAUCACGUUUUUAAAGUUAACAUUAAAAAAAAAAGGGAGAAGAAACCUUUGACGAAGUUAUGGAUAAUAUUAAGGAUAAAUGCUGGAGACUCACGAGUUUCUUCCCUAUUCAAUUGGAUAUUAGGAAUAUCUAACCAUUUCUGCAAGCAACAAAAGUUAAAAAGAAAGAACAAGAAAUGUAUAGAAGAGAUAUGUCGACUUGUAAGUUUGAUAUAUUUGUCCGUGUAAAUAAGGAUAAUAAAACGUCUAUUAUCAAGGGCACAAGGGAAUAUCGUUGUUGACAUAAUAUUAAUUAACUUUAUUGUGAAUCUAUUGAAAAGACCAGUAGUGAAUGUGUGGAUAAAAAUUAUACAGUGACAAUUGUCAAAAUGAUCAUUCGUAAAACGAUUUGGCCUCACACAUUAAGUGACUUUUUUUCUAUGAUAUUUAUAUUAACAAUUGUACCAUUAAUAUAUUGGUUCGAACUUUGGGUAGUAUUACCCGCAUUGUAUAAGUACAACACGAUACCAUAUUUCAUUCACUUUACUAUAGGUAAUUUUAUAAUGUUAAAUAUUGUGGGUAACUUUACCUAUACAAUAUUGUGCGAUACUAGUAUUAAUAGAACUAUUGUACCGGUAAGCACAGCAACUCCUAAGAAUGGAUGGAGGUUAUGUACAACAUGUGAAAUACUUGCUCCUCCUCGUUCAUGGCACUGUUCAACAUGUAGAACAUGUAUUCUAAAGCGUGAUCAUCAUUGUAUCUUUACUGGCUGUUGUAUUGGUUAUUUUAAUCACAGAUAUUUUUUAAUGUUCCUUUUGUAUUUAUUCAUUGCUACAGUCUAUGCUUUUUGUUAUAAUAACUAUUUUAUCUGGGCUAGAAUAAAUUUUGAGUUUCCAAUGACCAUUAUAAAAAUUAUAUUUCCAUUGGCAAUAUUUGUUUUUGGGUUUGAUGGUUCUAUUGAACAAUUCUAUUUAUUACUUUAUAUUGUUUCUGUUAUAGGAAUGUUAUUUACAGGUGUUUUAUGCGUUUAUCAUUUUAGAUUAGUUUUUAGUGGAUGCGUAGCAGAUGAAAGUAAUAAAAAUAAGGAUACUUAUGAUCUUGGUUGGCAACAGAAUAUAAAAGAAGUUCUUGGUGAACGAUGGUUUUUAACAUGGUUGAUUCCAUAUAUGAAAUCAAAAUUACCGCACGAUGGUAUUACAUGGGAUACGAAAAGUACAUGGGAAAUUAAUAAUGUAAAGAAUAAAUGAAUUUAUAUGCAUUUGUUCACUUGAAAUGCAGUUGACCAACCAUUCCAACUUGAGAUUUUUUUUUUAUUUAAUUUUUCUUUAUUAAUUAUGAAAUUGCAAGUUAUAAAAGCUGAACUGUAUUUUAUAAAUAUUUUGUAACAUAUCAUGAUCAUACAGUCAUACCAAAAAAUUGUUAUAUAUACACAUUUAUGCAUAUUACACAAUGAAAUUUCUUAAUUUUGAAUAAUGAUAUAUGUUAAGA